AUGGCUCCUGACGCUGCUUUCCGUGCAGUAACUGGCGUCCUCCUACACCACUUUGUUGACGGCCGUCCGGACCGCAGCCGUCCGGGCCAGGUGGCUGCCCCCGCCUCUCCCCGGCCGGGGCGCUGGUGCUGGGGUGGGGCUGGCGGCGGUGGCGGCUUUCUCCGGCUACUGCCGCCCAUCCUGGGCGAGCUCAGCCGCGUCUUGGGCGCCACCUCAGCCUGGCGGCGGCCCACCUGCCCCGGCUGCUACCGCGUUGCCGCGAGCGGAACCCCGGAUGGGUCCGGACGUGGGCAGCGGCGGCGGCGGCGGCGGGGCCGGGGCGCAGCGUUCCGCAGAGGGAGCCGCGGGCUGCUUGGUCGGCCUGCCCCGCCGGCCCCUCAUUUUGGAGCCGAGGCGGAGGGAGAAGGGAAAGCGGCCGGGAAGGGGCGGGCGCAAUGGGCGCAGUGGGGGCGGCCGGGGCCGGGUGGGGAGGCCAGAGGGGCAGGGCAGGAGGGGCCCGGCCUGCGGAAGCGGUUGGAGGGAGAAGGCUCAAUCCGAAUGGCUGGGGCCCCACUGCGGAUCGCCUUCAGCCGCCAUCUUGUUUCUUCCGUUACCGGAUCGCGGUCACGUGAGCUGAGCAGCCUACGAGCCUGGGACGGGGCGAGCUUGAGGACGACUUCCAUUCCUCUAGGUGAAUCUACCAAGAAAUGCCUUGGUAGAGCUAGGAGUGCCAAUGGUAUCAGCAAGGCCAGCCUGGUUCCCUUUGAUUCAUGGUUCUAUAUUGGCUGUGAUCUUUGUACUAACUGGUAUUAUGGAGAAUGUGUUGGCAUCGCAGAAAAGGAGGCUAAGAAAAUGGAUGUGUACAUCUGUAAUGAUUGUAAACGGGCACAAGAGGGCAGCAGUGAGGAAUUGUACUGUAUCUGCAGACACCUGCAGUCACAAUUUUUUAUUGGCUGUGAUCGGUGUCAGAAUUGGUACCAUGGGUGCUGCAUUGGCAUCUUGCAGAGUGAGGCAGAGCUCAUUGAUGAGUAUGUCUGUCCACACUUCCAGUCAACAGAGGAUGCCAUGACAGUGCUCACGCCACUAACAGAGAAGGAUUAUGAGGGGUUGAAGAGGGUGCUCCGUUCCUUACAGGCCCAUAAGAUGGCCUGGCCUUUCCUUGAACCAGUAGACCCUAAUGAUGCACCAGAUUAUUAUGGUGUUAUUAAGGAACCUAUGGAUGCAGCCUUCCAAGUUUUCUACCCCCGACUACACAGUGGAGCUGAAGGGUGCCACUCUCUGCUGGGCCCCAAAAACAAAUCCAGUAAGAAGAACGUGCUGGAGGCUGCUUCCAGCAGAUCGGCUUCUUCUUUGUACGACCCAAGCUCUGUGCCUUCUCUGGCCUCUAUUACUGUGACAUCUGCCACCAAGAUGAUGCCUCAGUGAUUCUGGCCAGGAUCAUCCACAACUGGGACCUCACCAAGCACCUGGUUUGUUGGUGGACCAAAGUAAGAUCUACAGCAGGGCCUUCUACUCCUGCGCAGCUGGCAUGGCCCUGGCUGCUGUGUGCCUCGCCCUGGUGAGACCGUGUAAGAUGGGACUGUGCCAGCGUCAUCAUUCAGGUGAAACAAAGGUAGUGAGCCAUCGUGGGAAGACUUUACAGGACAUACCUGAAGACUUUCUGGAAAUGGAUCUUGCAAAAAAUGAGCACAGAGUUCACGUGCAAAUGGAGCCGGUAUGACACACUUUCUUACAACAACAGCCACUAUGUUGGCUGGAGACGGAUGGGGUGGGCCCAACAGGGACACAAGGAGGUAGAAGAGCCAACCCCUCUACUCCACUUUCAAAACUACAUUUUAAAGCGAAUGUGUAUGUGAAAAGCACUACCAACAUCGCUUUUGUUUUGUUUUGUUUUAAGUUUUCCUUUUUGCUUGUUUUUAAAGCCAAAACAAAAAACAACCAAGCACUCUUCCAUAUAUAAAUCUGGUUGUAUUCAGUAGCAAUACAAAAGAUAUGUAGAAAGACUCUUUGGUUCACAUUCCAAUAUUAAAAUAGUGACACGAACUGGCAAAGUGGUUUUAAAAGCUUUCACAUGGGAUAAAUGAUUUUCUUUCUUUCUUUUCUUUCUUUGUAUGGUCUUGUCAGAAUAAACUACUAUCUUCAAUAAAACAACAUCCAACCCAGGUCAUUGAAAUGAAACUGACCAGUCAAAAAAAAAAAAAAAAGACUUCAAUCAUUUAAAAAAUUCCUAAUUUUCAGAAAUAUGAAUAAAUAGUUUUUGUUAAACCCUUUGUAAAAUACUGAGGUUCCCAUUAACAAAUUAUGGCCUCUGCUUGCUGGAAAUGAAGUAUAGUUUAAGAGCAAACAUUUUACUAAUAAGCAAAUUUUAAGUAUAUAUAUAACUUGAACUUCAUAAAUGUGAAGAUUACUACUUCUUUUUAUGGCCAGUCCUUACCAGAAGUAUUUCAAUACAGAAUAUACAAAAUGGCAUUUCCUGUUGCUUUUAGUUAUGCAGAAAUAUGUGACUGUAGUGUCUUUAAUUUAAACCACUAUUUAUUAUUAAGUUAUUCUAGGAUGAUUAAUCAAAAGAAAUAAAAUCUGAGACAUAAGCAGCAUUUUUACCUCCUUUCUGCAGUCCUUUAAAUGCCUCACAGAAUAUGUCUUAUCUUGUAAAAAAUACUUUAAUAAAAGGCUAAGUUGUCAUGAUUCUUCCAUUUGAUUAAGGGCAACAUGUGCUAUUUAAAGGGGAAAAAAUAACAGAUAGCAAAUCACCUUAGCUUUCAAAAAUAAUUUGUUUUAUCAUCUAAGAAUACUUGAGGAACUUCUUUGAUCAGAAUUAUAUUUCAUUGAACUGCUAAAGCAUUUCUGAUUUAAAGAAAAAACCAUCUAAUUGUUGAAGCAUUUCUGUAUUUCACAUGGGGGUAACAAUUAUGUUAUAGCGAGUUACAAGUUGCAAUUUACAUCUUCUAUAACACAUGACUUGAUUGUUCUAAGUUGCCAGAGGUAUCGGGUAACUGGUCAUUGUUUUUCUGUUGUUGUUGUUGUUGUUUGUUUUAUUUUUUAUUUUUGGAGUUACACUACAUGUAUAGUAUUGCUCACGUUAGCAGUUUUCUGUAAAGAGGACAAGUGUCAGGAUAAUAGGUGGACUUUUUACUCACCUAUUUUACCGCAAUCUCACCCUGCAGGUGACGGUCAAUGCUCGCUGCUCCAUCUUUACUCAUCAUUAAUGUUAAUUUAUGACAACUCGGGGGAAAAACAUAACAAGCCUAGUUUGGUUACAGGUACACACAAGCUUGAAUAUUUCUCUGCACUGAAAUGAAAAGUGGCAUAGUUCAUCACCACCUGCUACAUUUUGUAGAGCAUCUUACCAGCCAUAGAAAUAGGACAAUCUAUAAAACUUUGGGGAGGGUGGGGGAGGAAAUGACAAAAUGUCUGUCAAAAACAGGCAUAACCUAAAACAAGGUGGAUAUAGCAAAUCUCUGCCACUGCUUGAGAAGAACUUUGAGCUUGUGGCAGUUUUGCAGACUUACAUGACUUCAGCACUUUACAACGUAUUUUUUACUAUGAAUGUUCAAUACAAUUUAAUAUUUAUAACUGAUUUCAGAGGGAUCUGCUCCAUGUCUAUUCUGUUAUUUGCAUGAAAACAAAAUGUAUGCCAAUUUCAGUAUGUCAAUAAUCAAGGUUUUAAAUGUCUGGAAGAAAAUAAAAACAAGAUUGCUGAUUUGU